AUGGCGAGAGACAAAGCAAUGGAAAAGCUCUCGGCAACAAAGAAGCCGUCUGCCGUCUCUGCAGCAAAGUACCGCAUCAACGUCCUUAACAGGGCGAAUGACAAGCAGAAAGCAGCCGGAACUCCCAAGGCCAUGCUGUGCGUCCAAGGGCUCAAACGACCAAUCCAGGAUAAAUCAAAAGAGGUAACAACCGCUAAAGCUCGGGCCGAGUCCGCCUUAGACCGAGCUCAAUUUGAAAUUGAUCAAAAUGAGCUUCUGACCCUUGAUAUGAUGUAUUCCCAAGCGGACGCCAACUUGCAGGUGAAGAAGGAUCUGGAUUCGGCCCGCUCCAAAGUCAAUGAACUUAAGGUCGAGGUUAAAGACCUUAAGGAAAAACUUGAGCCUCUUCAAGAGGUCAAGAAUGAGGCCGAGAGGGCCAAGGAGCAGGCAAACGAGGAUUACAAUGCUGAACUCCUUCGCCGGGCAAAAGAGGAGGAUGCGGAUGGUGAAGAGGCCGACUCCUCUUCAGGCUCCUCCAGGGAUGAAGACGGGGAAGAGGAUGGUGAUGACAAUGAAGAGCAGCCGACAACUGAUGAUGCUGCUGCCAAUGCUGGCAAUAUCUCUGCCCCUUAA